AUGGACGGGGUCGCCAUCCCUGGCGGGGCGGCCGCCUUGCCGGCCUGGGUGGUGCUGGCGCUGGAGGCCGCGGCCUACCUGGGGCCAGGGUGGGGCCCAAGGCAGGCUGCCUGCCCUGACAUCACGUGCCCCGCCUGCCCGGCGUGUCCAGAGGCGGCAGCCUGCCCUGAGGCCGUGGCUUGCCCGGCUUGCGAGCCGCCUCCCUGCGCGGCCUGCCCGGCCUGCGAGCCGCCUCCGUGCGCGGCGUGCCCUGCCUGUGAGGCUAGGGCGUGCCCGGCGGCGACGGCGGGCGAGAAGGCGGUCGAGAAGCUGGUUGGAGCGCUGCUCGGAGGGCGAGUGCUGCUGCACUACGUGGCAGAGGGAGAGUGGGUCAUCUUGACCCCCGACGGGGACAUCUACGUGGAGGACAUGAGCUGCGAGAACCCCGAGACGGGGCCCUCGCGGGCCUUCCCGCUGGCGCUGCGGACGCGGAAGAUGCGGAGGCUGUAUCGCUUUCGAGAGGCCCUGGGGCCCGACGAGCUGGCCGACGCGCUGACACGGGGCUGGCAGGCGGCGCUGGAGAUAGACGCCGCCCUGCCCGAGCCGAGGGAGGCUGUGGCUGUGAGCGGCCAGCGAGUCUCGUGGCAGGAGGCCUCGGGCAGGCUGUCGGCCGCGGAGCGGGCCAACCUGCUGCGCUUGGGCAUGGCCGUGGCUCGCCUAGGCGGGAAGCUUCUGGAGGCUCCUGUGGCUGGUCAGGCCUGGAUCGCCCUCAGCGGCGGGCCCGGCGUCGCGGUCGGGUCGGAGGUCGUCGUGACGGACAGCGAGGGCCUGAGCUUCGAGGGCGGGCCCGAGCCUUUCGGCGUGCUGAGGACCUCCGACGGCAGCAUGGUGCGACUCGUUCGUCUGGAUGCUGGAGCAGCCCCAGGACGCGUGAGCGAGGAGGCCGCGGUCUGGCAAGACCUAGGCAGAGGCCAUGGCCGUGCCGCGGGGCCCGAUCGCCGACGCGCUGAAGCCGCGUUGCCACUCGAGGAUGAUGGCCCCGUUGAGCGUGUCGGCGGCGCUGCUACGCCCGAGCUGGCGCUGCCUCCCGUGGCGGAGCCGCUGGGGGAGGAGAGAGACGCCGACGCCCGCGCGCUCUGGGUUGACAACGACGAGCAGGGCGAGCGUUUCAAGCGAUGGCGGGACGUGGUAGGUGAGUCGAGGCAGGAGCACUACCCGGACGCGAAGGGCGGGGUAUACGAUCAGCUGAACAUGGGCGGCCUCAUGAUGGUGGAGGUGUUGACUCGCCGAGUCGCCGCUGUGGUGGAUGCCUACUCGGACCCGACCAAGCCGAGCUGGACGAACACACGCUUCUUCGAGGGCGUGAGCUCGGUGGAGGACGUCUCGGGGCCAGAGCUCAGGGGCUACGUCGAGCGCGUACACUACGUGGGGCGCCUGCAGAGACAGUCGACGGAGCAGAAGGAGCUGGAGGUGACGCAGCAGGCGCGGGGCGCGGUGGCGGCCGAGGCGGCCGCGGGCGCGGCCGGGCCAGGGGCGUCGCCUCCACGGGGUCAUGACGGCCCCCGGGGCCGGGGGCUCCAGCCCCACCCCCGGGCCCUUUUCGCCGGGGCACGACGGUGGCCGACUGCCGCCCUCGCGUGGAGCCCGCAGUUUCUUGCCGCUCCCGCUGCUGGGCGGUGCAGGCCGCCGAAUUCGCGGCAGGUCGCGCAGGGCGAGGCAGUUCGGCCGAGAGGGUCGGAUUGCGUCGGAGGUCAACGGUAUAUCGUCGAGGCCAUCAACUGGAUGUCGGGCUACGACUCGCACCCUGGCCCAGCCAAUGACAUGCAGCGGGAUGUGCUUGAGCGCUUCGAGGGCCUCGUGCGGGGCCGGCAGCCGGACGCCAAGUUGCAGGAGCCGCAGGCGGCCCUUCGGGAGCUGCUGCGGGGUCGCUCGCCAUGCGAUGGGCGCGGCGGCCCGACGACGGUCGCCUCCUACAGUGCAGGGCUCGUCAGCAUGCCGACGGACGUGAGCGACUGCCCGCGUUUGGAGGACCUCUUGCCUGGCGAGGCCCUUACCUUCCUGCAGGAGCGCCAAGAGCGCAUGCUACGAGAGACACCUUUGCCGACCGAUGUCGAGCCGUACUUCGACUCGGUCCUCAAAUUUAACCACAAGGAGUACCGCGGCCUGGUGCGUCGGCUUCUGUCAGCUGGCAUCCUGGGGUGGACUCUGUCACCGAAAGAGAGGAUUGGGAUGUUUUUUGUGUGGAAGGAUGGGCGGCGCCGACUUCGUCUCAUAGUCGACGCCCGCCGUACUAACGCCCACUUCAGAGACCCACCUGGGGUAGAGCUAUUGAGCAGUGAGGGCCUCGCCAGGAUCGAGGUUCAGAUGCCAGACUCUGGCUUCUCGAGCUACGAGGACCUCCGCGCCGCGUCGCAUGCGCAGCAGGUGUACAUCGGCAUGGCGGACGUGAAGGACUGCUUUCAUCGAAUGCGUAUCGAUUCAGCCCUUUCGCAGUACUUCUGCCUGCCGCCAGUCAAGGCUGGGGCCUUUGGCGUGUCCGAGGUCGAGGGGACCAAGGAAGUCAGGCACUAUGUAUACGUGGACAACUUGGGGGUCUUUUCGCUGUUCUCCGAGCUUGUGAGCGGCGUGAUGAACCAGCUCACGGGCGAGUUCACCGAGCUGAACCUACUGUUGCGCAAGGACGAGCUGGUGCCGGGCAUGGCAGUGGCGCUUGGCGCGGAGAUUGACGGCAACCGGUUGCGCGCACGUGUGACCAGUGAUCGCUUUUGGCGUUGCCGCCAGGCCGUGCGAGGCCUCCUAGCCCGCCGCCGUGUCAAGGGGUGGGCCGUGGAGGCGGUGCUGGGCCAUCUGACCUUUUGUGGCCUCUGCUCGCGCGGCACUUUGUCAGCUUUCAAUUCAGUGUGCGGUUUUGUGCGAGCCCACUACGACGAGGCGGCCGUGCUAUGGGCCGAGGCUCGACAAGAGCUGGCCGCCUUCAGCUCCCUGAUGUACUUUUUGGAGUCAGAUUGGUGGCUGCCUUGGAAUCCGAUGGUGCAGCAGUCUGACGCCAGUCUUCAUGGCUACGGGCUGGCAAGAGCCUUUUGGCCGCGGGAGCUGGUGGAGUCAGUCGGACGCGUGCCUGAGCGAGCCCGCUUCCGCCGGCGCUGCGCCCACAGUGCUCGAGAGGCGGCGCUCUGUGCAGCUGGUUUCAGCAUGAGUGAGAGUGGAAAAUGGGAACUCAAGGGUCUUCCCGAGGACGAGGAGGAGCUGGGCCAGUGGGACGUCGUGAGGGACUUCCCGGAGGUGCCCGCUCGGGGGCUCCGCGCAGGCCUUUGGGAGCCCUGUUUCGCGAGAGCCUGGCAACACCCCGAGGGCAUCCUGACCUUGGAGGCCAGGCGAGGCGCGCGGCCUGGGGCGGGCCGCCCGGAGCCUGGCCUGCAGCCUCCAGCCCGCGGCCAGGGGGCGAGGCGCACGCGGCAGCUGGUCCCUGCGCCGCCGAUAGCGCCGCUGCCGCUGCCGGCAGCUCGGCGGGAGCGUCAGCUGGGCGAGUCGGGGCUCUUGAAGACAGCUGUGCUGAGCCGACCCCUGCCGCGGAGCCUGGGGCAGGUGGUGGAGGACCUGACGAAGGUGCCUGUGCCAGCGGAGCCCGUUCGGGGAGCGCGAGAGAGCGUCGGCUCCUCCGACAGCGGGAGCUCCGAGCCCGAGGUCGUGACCGGCGCCGCGCGGCUGCGCAGGCUCGCGCAGUCGCAGAAGCGCCGUGCUCGCCACUACGGGACGCCUGCCGACGAGGAGGGUUUCUCUCUCCUGGAGCGGGAGGCCGUGCGGACCCCGACGCAGCGCGAGUACCAGAGGGCCUGGGACGGAUGGCGGGACUUUGCCCGUCGAAGCUGGCCCUCGGUCGACAUCGACGAGGUCAUGAAGAGCAGAGACGAUUCCGAGGUGGACUCGGCGUUGGUGAGCUACCUGAACGGCCUGUACCACGCCGGGACUCACCUCUCCUGGGCCGAGAAGCUGAUGGCGGGGGUGUUGCAUUUCAACCCCGACUUCUCGCGCUACGGAGCUCGGCGCCUCCCCCGGGGCUGGAGAUGCCUCCGGCCUUGGCGGCGCCUGGAGCCGCCGCGGACGAGGAAGCCGUGGCCGCUGGCUCUGUGGCGCGCUAUGGCGUGGCGCAUGAAGGCCCGUGGCAGUCUUCAAAUGGCGGUGUUCACGUUGAUAGCAGUCAGCGUGUAUGCUCGCCCCAGCAGCCUUUUGCUCCUGAAGCCGGCCUGCCUGGUGCCGCCGGCGCCGGGAGUGUGCGAGUUCUGGACCUUGAGGCUCUUUCCAGAGGAGGAGGACCUGAGGGACAAGACGGGCCUGGGGGACGUGUCGCUAGAGUUAGACUCGCCUUGGAUUCGCUUCUUGGACUCUGUGCUGCGCCAGAUGAAGAAGGAAGGCCACCCCGAGUGCCUGUGGAACUUCACGUACCCAGAGUACUGCAAGAUGUUCAGCCUGGCCUCCAAGACCUGCAG